GUAAGUGAGUGCCUCGAUCAGCUGUUCUGCAGUCAACAUUACCACUCCUGCCUGCACUGUCCUGUAUUCCCUCGUGUGCUUGUGUUUCGUUGUUCCUCUGUGUUUUUUGCCCCAAAGGUGGUGGCGGCGGUGGUGCAGGACAACACAACCAUGGGAGACCAGCAGCCCAAGUUCAAGUUGCUGCCCAAGAUCCUGAAUGGAGGCAUCGCGGGCAUCGUGGGGGUGACGUGUGUGUUCCCGCUGGACCUUGUCAAGACGCGCCUCCAGAACCAGCAGAUCGGACCCAAUGGCGAACGCAUGUAUAAUUCCAUGCUGGACUGUUUCCGCAAGACCUACCGACAGGAGGGUUACUUUGGCAUGUACCGUGGCUCGGGGGUGAACAUUCUGCUCAUCACACCAGAGAAGGCCAUCAAACUCACUGCCAACGACUUUUUCCGCCAUCACCUCACCACCAAAGAGGGGAAGCUGCCCAUCCAGAGGGAGAUGAUUGCUGGUGGUCUGGCGGGAAUGUGUCAGAUUGUUGUCACCACACCCAUGGAGCUGCUCAAGAUCCAGCUGCAGGAUGCCGGGAGAGUGGCAGCGCAGGCAGUGUCCAGUGGAGGUAAUGCUGCCACUGUGCCCAAGAUCUCUGCCACCUCCAUCACCCUGCGUCUGCUGCGGGAGAAGGGUAUCGUUGGGCUGUACAAGGGCACCGCCGCCACCAUGCUGAGGGACGUCUCCUUCUCUAUCGUGUACUUCCCACUGUUUGCUCAUCUCAACUCCCUUGGCCCCCGCAAGUCUGACGGAUCAGGGGAGGCAGUGUUCUGGUGUUCCUUCCUGUCUGGCUGUGCUGCGGGCUCCCUGGCAGCGCUGGCAGUGAACCCCUUUGAUGUGGUGAAGACGCGCCUGCAGCUGUUGACCAAAGGCAGCAACGACACCCAGUAUCGAGGGAUUGCACACGCCAUUCUCACAAUCCUGAGGGUGGAAGGACCAAGGGCAUUCUUCAAGGGUGGCGCCUGCAGGAUGAUCGUCAUUGCCCCGCUGUUUGGCAUUGCCCAGAUGGUGUACUACUUUGGUGUGGGGGAGGCCAUCCUGGGGUACAAGAAGUGAGAAGGACGCACAGUCAGCAGCACCAGCCACAGGAAGGAGGAGCUAAGUUGUCGCUGCCCUACAGGACUCCCGACAGUGCUGUGAAGGACAAGAGGGCAGGCAGGGUGUUGGGGGUGUUGUGGGGAUGGUGGCACAGUAGUUGUACAUUCUUUGUGGUGCACUAGGGAGCAGCAACAGGUAUACUAGUAAUGUAGGGAAGGAGUUUUGGGAAGACUCAGUUUGUCCAUAUUGUUUUUGACUGCCAUAUGUACAGUGAUGAGUUUUAUUUAGUAUUUUUCUAUUUUAUUUUUACACUUGAGUAGCAUAUAAAAAGUAUUUAACUCAUAAGUUCCCUUCUUUAAUAGAUUCCUGUCUUUUUAUUCUACAUAAUUACAAGAAAAUAUUUAGAGUAGGUUUUAUAAGCAGAGGAUAAUAUGCUUCAUACAGUAUUAAGUAGAACGGUUCAACUCUUUUACUAAUAACCACAUCAAAAUUCAACAUUUACCUUCAACACUCUUCAGUAGCAAUAUUAUCACACUAACUUAACUGCUUGGCACAAGAGUAAAACGUGUUAGGGCCAGUGACACUAUAAACAUUAGCAGCUGUGGAGUGUAGCAAGACUGCCAAAUGUCCUGUGGGUUAGCCUGGCCUGGGGUGAGAGGUAGGGGAGGCAGAGAUGUGUACCAAACAUUCCUGUCAAGCUUGAUUUGCACAGAGGCAGUGUUUCCCUCUCCACAUGCUGCAGUGAUUCCAAAGCAUGUAAAUAGUGGCUUAUCAAGGCUGAAGUAUGUGUGUGAGUGUGUUGAGAGAGAAACUAAAAUGUACACCAGAUAUAUUUUCAUUUGAGACACUUGGAUAUUAAGCCAAGUCAAAACACCCUCUUCCUUCUCCUGCUCCUCGUGUGAUCCUUGAGUGCCAGCCUAGAGGUGCCGUGAGUCUGUUCUUUCCUGUGUGUUGUUCCCAGUAGCUCUCUCCUCACCAUUCUUCAUGCAGAAUCCCAACUGUAGUACAAAUAGGCUGUCCCUCUAGUGAAGGUCCCGGAGUGCUGGUGUGUGUGUGUGUCUGGGAGAGCCUGGUAAGGUGUGGACUGUGAAGCAUUACCACUAAGCUCUCUAAUCUGGCUGUUACAAGAGUGUGUGACAUUGGGACUGGCAUAGUUAGAUUAAGAUUAUCGUGGAUUCCUCAUGGUGAAAAUUUGUUUUUCAUUAAAAAUCUUGAAUUUAAAGUGUGAAGGAAUGCUUGCGAAUCAAUGGAUGUAUGCUUGUUAGCCUGAGGUAUAAGUAUUCCUUGCUUUCUCGUUUCAUAUCUAAAAUUAUUCAUUAAUCAGGAAAGACAUUAUAAAGACUUACAAUUUAUAAUAACAAUCUUUUCCGACAUGUACUGAGAGCAACAAGAAAAGUCAUUAGAAUGUUCCACGGGAAAUCCCACAUACAGGCCACUCCCAGACCCUCCCUGCACACUCUGAGCCUCUCUUAGGACUACAAGGCAAUACAUACGUCUCUCCGAUGGUCCACAGAAGCCCUCCACUGAGCCAGUCAUCCAAAUUGUGUUCUGAGUCGCUGCUUUUCAUGUUUUGAUUGUCUCCUCCUCAGUAUUCUGGUACAAAUUAAUAUUUUUUUCACUGUUGGGUUUUUUAUAGUUUAUGUACAUUAGUAAUGAGGUGGAAGAAGAUAGUAGUACUUGUGUACAUAGUGUUUAGGUCUUUACAUUUCUGUAGUUGUUACGUUGGCCAUGAAAAGUUUUUAAAAUUUGUUAAGUCCUUCUGGUUCCUCUUCCUCUUUUCCUUUGUUGUUAUUGUCUAUCUUGUGCAAUAGUUAAAUCAUAGUUUGUUUACAAUCUACAGACCAGAAGGUCACAUGCUAUUGUGUGUGUGAAAGCAUUCUUUAUCUGUGGACUGAUUUAUACAUCAGAGAUCUGGCACUCAGAAUAAUACUGAGGUCUGUGUGGAUGUUUCAACAAGUACUCAGUAUUGAUUUACUACCUGCCAUAUCAAAGUGAUCAUCCACACUCAAUGUUUCCUAGUUGCCCCAUCACAUAUAUAUAUAUACCUGUAGGCUUGUGUUGCGUAGGUGUGCCAUAGCCUGUGUUACCAAGCAUUUAGAUCAGUGCUGUGACAAGUGCCUCAUCUGUACUCAGUGCAGCCCACUUGGGUCAGUGUGUUAAAAGUACUGUAAGUCUGCACACCAGGAAUACAUAAAGGUUGGUGUAUCCAACACUUGAUGCAGGCAUUGUAUUAUCACUCAUUGGAAGUCUGAAACCUGUUCAUAGACAGUACACCACCCACAGCUAAGACCAACUGUUGCUGGCUUUCAGUAGCACAGUUUGCCUUGUGGUAGUGCGGCAGGUGGUCCUAAGGUGCUGCCACACUGCACUGUUCUGGUGUGCUGCAGGGACACUGCUGCUGCCAGUCCUGUUCCUGCAGGCAAGGUCAAACUGCUACAACACAUUUUAAAAAUAACAUGUUAAUAUACUAUGAUAAGUAUUCUCAAUAGUACAGUUUAAGUAUUCUAUAAGCAUCAGAGUGCAGUUAAUAAUACAUAUAUGUAUUAUACUCAUAUUAAAAAUAUUUUCUUAUAGCCAAACAAAAAUUUUGUGGCUUUUAACAAAUUACUUGCACUUGUUACUUUGGCACUUCCUCACAGCACUUACUGUGAUGCCACGUGAGUAGCUUAAGGGAUCGUAGAGCUGACUGGAGCUGGCAAAGGCUGCACUAGUGAGAUGUUUAUCCAUAAAGAUGUUGCAGACACAGUAGAAGGUAACUAGUGAUGUUUGGAUGUGUAGGUGAAUACAUUGUUGUACAGUGUUGUACAUCUAUGUUCAUACAUAGUUCAUAUAAGAAUGUGGUUGUGACAAUAAUUUACUGUAUUCACUGAUGGGUUGGAAGGCCAUGAAGGAAUUAGUAGCAGCACAAGACACAAGAUGCCUGGGAUGGAACUGGGAUGCUGAGGAUUGAUCCAAGCUUCUUUGUGCUUUACACUGUAACUGAUGAUAUUAGUGUUUAUUCAUACUUUACUGCAGUCAGGUUAUGCUCUUUCAGAAAUUUGCAAAUCUUGAUAUUUAACAGCAGACUUGUCCCACAGCCACACUUGCACGCUGUGCUGUGCACACGCUUUGCUUGUUUAUUAAUGACAAAACUGGUUAUUCCUCUUCCUGCAUGAUUGGAGGGAAAAUCCAAUGAUAUUUUCUAUAGGUCUUGUAACACUGAGUGCAGUGCAUUAGGUGGUUUAUUUUUCUUGGCAAAAGUAGCAUUGAAGGCAGCUUCGAAUGCUUCUUGCUGUGAUGGCAAGUGCUUCCUUUGUGGCAACAUUUAGUUCUUCCAUCAAUAAUGGUGUUACUCAAACACUUUACUCUUUUUAAGUUUGGAAUGUGUAUGUAUAAAUGUGCCUUUCAUGGGUAUUUUGCUUGUAGUCUUCCACACAUAAUCUUGCACCUUGCCAGUGCUACAGUUAUACAAUAUGUAAAGUUUUGUUGUAAUUAAUGCCCAUAGACAUGUUGUUCAUGUCGCAAGCCUUUACCUUUACAUUGCCAGUAUUUUCCUGCUGCAUGAAUGUAGUAAAUGAAGUGCAUCACAUUGUGUGUGACUUGUCAGCAGGUGUUCACUUCUAAAAAAAAUUAAAUGUUUGUACACCAAAAAACAAAUGUAACAUUAAUCUCAAAGUUCUCAGGGGAGGCAUUCCUGUGCCCUCAACAAUUCAGUCUGUUCACAUGUAAUGCAUCACUGGAAAUUAAUACAGUAUGUAUUUAUAAUCCAGAAUAGAAUUGUACAUAGAAUUGUACCAUUAAAUGUAAACAUUUCUUACCACAUAUGUUGAAUUUAAGAAUUUUGGAUUUACACAUUCUAUUAGCUCCAGGCAAUGUAUGACUGCUAUUGAAAGAGGAAAGGUGCAGCAAGGAAAGUGUACAUCAUGCUCACAAUAUGAUUUGAUUACUUUCUCACUACUAGUGCUAAAGCAGCUCAAUGUUUCAUUUUGUAAGUAUGAUUAUGCCAACUUUUAAAAUAAUAUUCGUAACUAAUAGAUAAUUUAUCAUUUCUGUUCAGCAUCAUUUGAACAAGUAGUCAUGCACUGUGUAGCUAAGUGUUCUUGUAAUCAGGGAUGUGUGUCCUUUGCCUUGGGUGAUCAGCAGAUGGAUGUCUUUUCUGAAAUAUUUCAUGAUGUAAAUAGUGAAGUAAUAAAGUGAACACAAAAUACAUAUAAAAAUUUAAAAUGCCUUAGCUUCCUUUGAGGUAUUAGCUCAUCAGCUCAGCAGACAAUACAACUCUCCCCCCAACAACUGCCCUGAGGAAGGAACAAUGGAGUGACACAUUGAGGUUCAACUGUAUUUGCAUAUAUAAAAUAUAAAUAUACACAAUAUUUACAAAACGAUCACAAAGCAAAUGUUUGUCAUGUGACUGUACACGGUUGUCAUCCACUUGGGAGUGAAGCUUUAUGAAGGUCUUGGUUGAAAAUGCAACAUUUGGCAAUUGAUCAGUUGUCAGGCUACAAUGUAAGUUCAGUAAUGUCCACUGACUAGAGUUAUGUUCUCUAUUAAAAAAAUAAUGCAGAAGUCAA